AUGAACAAUCGCCAGAAUUGUUUGAGAUUGCAUUUAAUAGAAGAGACAGCAACGUAUCGUUACGAAAUAGAAGAAAAAGUCUUAGACUUGAUAAGACAAGAUGACAACCAGGCUGCUAAUCAAUCUUGCUCUAAAAUCAACCAAAGAGAAAAAGAUCUGGACUAUCUUUUUAAUCCUGAUACGAUUUCCCAAAAUUUGAGAGAAAUGUCAGUUUUGAUGGAAAUGAUGAUGACAGAUUUGCAAUCGAAAUUUCCGGUGGCCGAUCAUAAUAUCCCAGUAAAUAAUAUCCCAGUAAACAAUAUCCCAGUAAAUAUAUCCCAAAACAAAAAUAUCCCACGACAAAAUAUCCCAAAACAAAAAUAUCCCAUGGCAGAAUUAUCCCAUUAA